CCUGCCGCCGUCUGGUCCCGGCCGGCACCAUGCUGCGAGUUUCUGCCUUGAGGCUGCCAGGACGUUCGGGGGCAAGUAGGGUCCUGGUCCUGCAGGACUCGAGUCCACGCCACUACAGUUCGGGUUCUCUCGGUGCCCGCGACGAUACCCGCGACGCGCGCGCCUACUUCACGACACCCAUUUUCUACGUGAACGCGGCGCCGCAUAUCGGACACCUGUACUCGGCGCUACUGGCGGACGCCUUGUGCCGCCACCGUCGCCUCCGAGUUCCCAGCGCCGCCGCCACGCGCUUCUCCACCGGUACCGACGAGCACGGCCUGAAGAUUCAGCAGGCGGCAGCCGCUGCAGGCCUAGCCCCGAUCGAGCUGUGCGACCAGGUCUCUACCCAGUUCCAGCAGCUUUUCCGGGAGGCCGGCAUCUCCUCCACCGACUUCAUCCGCACCACCGAGGCCCGGCACCGGGUGGCUGUGCAGCACUUCUGGGGGGUGCUGAAAGCCCGGGGUCUGCUCUACAAGGGGCUCUAUGAAGGUUGGUACUGUGCCUCUGACGAGUGCUUCCUGCCAGAGGCCAAGGUCACCCGGCAGCCGGGCCCGUCGGGAGACUCGUGUCCCGUCUCUCUCGAGAGUGGGCAUCCCGUCUCCUGGACCAAGGAAGAAAACUACAUUUUCAGGCUUUCCCAGUUUCGGGAGCCGCUCCAGCAGUGGCUACGGGGCGACCCUCAGGCGAUCACCCCCGAGCCAUUCCAUCACGCAGUCCUUCAGUGGCUGGAGGAGGAGCUGCCGGACCUGUCCGUGUCUCGCAGAAGCAGCCACUUGCACUGGGGCAUUCCGGUGCCCGGGGACGAUUCGCAGACCAUCUACGUGUGGCUAGAUGCCUUGGUCAACUACCUUACUGUAAUCGGCUACCCAAAUGCUGAGUUUAAAUCUUGGUGGCCGGCCACCUCUCAUAUUAUAGGCAAAGACAUUCUCAAAUUUCAUGCUAUCUAUUGGCCUGCUUUUCUCUUAGGGGCCGGCAUGAGCCCACCACACCGCAUCUACGUCCACUCUCACUGGACGGUCUGUGGCCAAAAGAUGUCUAAGAGCUUGGGUAACGUGGUGGAUCCCAGGACUUGCCUUGACCGCUAUACUGUGGAUGGUUUCCGCUACUUUCUCCUUCGGCAGGGAGUCCCCAACUGGGACUGUGAUUACUAUGAUGAAAAGGUGGUUAAGUUACUAGACUCCGAGCUGGCAGAUGCUUUGGGAGGUCUCUUGAACAGAUGCACUGCCAAGAGAAUAAAUCCUUCCGGGACCUACCCGGCCUUCUGCACCACCUGCUUUCCCAGUGAGCCAGCGCUGGCGGGGCCCUUGGUUCGUGCUCAGGCAGAGGACUAUGCUCUGGUGAGCGCAGUGGCCACUUUGCCCAAGCAGGUAGCAGACCACUAUGAUAACUUUCAGAUCUAUAAGGCUCUGGAGGCAGUAUCCAGCUGUAUCCGGCAAACGAAUGGCUUUGUCCAAAGGCAUGCACCAUGGAAGUUGAACUGGGAGAGCCCAGUGGAUGCUCCCUGGCUGGGUACUGUGCUUCAUGUGGCCUUGGAAUGUUUGCGAGUCUUUGGAACUUUGCUCCAGCCUGUCACCCCAAGCCUAGCUGAUAAGCUACUAUCCAGGUUGGGGGUCUCUGCCACAGAGAGGGGCCUUGGAGAGCUCUACUUCUUGCCUCGAUUCUAUGGACAUCCAUGCCCUUUUGAAGGGAGGAGGUUGGGACCUGAGACUGGGCUCUUGUUUCCAAGACUGGACCAGUCCAGAGCCUGGCUGGUGAAAGCCCAUAGGACCUAGAAACUCAGUUCUUAUUGGCUUGUGGUAAAAAGACAAAUGUGUUAUUUUCUUAUUUUGCAUUUUCAGGAAAAGUUAUACUAAAUGUUUUCUAAAGUGUUGCAUCAAAUGAGCACAUAAGCAAUGUCCCUGUGAAAAGGGGUUUGUAGCUUUUCAGCUGCUUACCCCUACUCUUCAGUUCUCUGUGCCCAUUAACCACUGUCCUUUGCACACCAGUGUCGGUGUCUCCAGGGGAAAGAUGGGUAAGAGACAACUUUGCUGAUAAUAUUCCUCCUUAUUGUGCCUCCUUCCAAACCACAGUAGUGUUAUUUGCCCAACUACCUCUCAUGGCUUGUUUUUCAUUGGCCUGGCCUCUGCUGGGCAAAUUAGUGAGAGUGGGGGUUGGAGGCCCCCUACCUCAUCUUUUACAGGGCAGCCCUAUUUUGUUAUAUAUGUUGGGUCUCCUAUUAAAAAGAGAUUUUUAUUAAACCUUUAAAAACCAGUGUCUUAGACUAGAUGACUCUUGCCCAUGUAAGUUCUUAAAACCAUGACUUAAGUUAAUAGUCCAAUAGUUGUGCUUGUAACAUUACACUUCAACCAGCAGAUGGCUCUAGUCUCACAUAUUUAAUUACCUAACAUUGAGGUUUCAGAAUAUUUAGAAUAAAUUAGUUUUCUGCUUUCUAAUUUUGCUGAAUUUAAAUUUGAAGAAAAUUUUUAUUUCUUUUCUUAAGGGAUAAAUGCGAUGGCUACUGUUUUAUGGAAAGCAAUAAACAAAAGAUCAGAAUUCUGUUUUUUCAGACUACUGAAAAAGGACAUUUACGGUAUUAAAUGUUUAGUAAGCUAAUAAGUAAAUGUAUCAAGUUUGGACAAUCUAUGAUAAAUUAUAAAGCUCUCUUGAGGUACUUGGUAUGUUAAAAAUUUUAAACUUUAAUAACAUUAGGUUUACGGGUAUGAUUUAAAAAAUCUGUAAGUCCAAAAGGGCAAUAUAUUUUUUUAAUAUUUCUUAGUCUUAAUUUUGUUAUCCACAUAUAUAAUUUACCUUACAUGAUUUCUUUUGGUCAAUCAGGAUCUAUAAUAUAAUAUAUAGAAAUUGUGGAAUAGUAAUUAUAAAUGUUAAUAUGUUUACUUUCAAGUAGUUUUUACUGAUUAUUUCUUUUACUCUUUUUACUUAAGUUAUUAAAGUUUAAAAGUUUGUAAGUACCUUA